AUGGGCCAAGCUGCAACCCUGCCUUGUAGGAGAGGCGGGUCUUAUGUGAUGGAGCUGUACGAGUGGUUCAGGAAGUUUAUUAUUGAAUGUCCAAGUGGGCUAAUCACUCUUCAUGAGUUUCAAAGGCAUUUCUGCAAUGGAACAGGGGGCAGUGAGUCAGCUGAGUAUGCAGAACAGAUAUUUCGCACAUUGGACAAUAAUGAGGACGGGGUGGUAGAUUUCAGGGAGUACGUCAUGGCCAUCAGUUUGCUGGUUGAAGGCUCUGCUGUGGAAAAGCUGCGGUGGUCGUUUAAGCUCUAUGACAAAGACAGAGACGGAGCCAUCACACGGGAGGAAAUGCUGGAGAUUAUGCAGGCUGUGUAUAAAAUGGGCCUAGCAGCUGAUUUAACCAAACCCAACCCACUUACAGCUGAAGAGUGUACCAACAGGAUAUUCCAGCGAUUAGAUAAAGACAAUAAUGCCGUCAUCAGUCUGGAGGAGUUCAUAGAGGGAGCACUGGAUGAUGAUUGGAUGAGGGAAAUGCUGGAAUGUGACCCCAACACUGUGAGGGUGGAGCGGCCCCCGGGGAGGGACUCCGCUUUGGGGACCCAUGGUUGACCCGUAUGGUUUACUAUUUACUGGAAGCAGAUACAUUAAUCCAGUUUCCCUUCCCUGUGACAACCGUAACUAAGAGAUCUGGAAAAGCACUAAAACAUGAAGCUCUUCACUUAUUAACUUGCCAUAAUAAUAAAAGCAUUCACAUUUGCCUUGUUUUCUAUCCAGAUUAAAUAGUAUGGCUAUCAUAAAACAAUGACAUUUUAGUUGACUUUCUCCUAAUUUAUUGUUAAACUUCCAUUAUAUACCCUUUAAUCAAUUCCAUGUAAACAUAUUGUAAUGUCUACAACAGCUCUUGUUUUACCUUGACUACCUAUGUAACACCUGCCCUGUACACCCUUGCACUUCUCCAGUAUUUCCCUUUAAUGUAACGUAAUUCUUUCUACCCACUUCAUUUAAGAUGCAGGUAUUGCAUUUGUCGAUUACUUUUCAGACAACGAAUUUACCAAAUCUAAUCUACCAAGUUAUUAACUUAAACUAUCUUCAUCUUG